AGACAAGGUUCUCAAUUCGAAAAUGUCGGCGUGUAGAUGGCGCUGCCAUCGGGGUGUUGUGUUAUGUAUAUGUUGAGUGUCACUAGUGUCAUGAACUUUGGAUUUUUAAUUGUAACCUCCAUGCUGGGUUAAAUAAUUCAAUAAAUUGAAUGUGUGUAUGAAAUAUUUAUAACUGAUCCGAGCACUAAAUUGCCGCUAUGCUCCGUAGAAUAAAAUUCGAAGUUAUUCUUCUUUAGUGUAGGGGGUUAAGGUUGUAGUAGUUAACAUCUGCUGUUGUUUAAAUCUAUGUGCAGUUCUUAGUGACACUUUUCGGUCAUUUUUUGAUAAUUUUGAUGGUUUUCCUAUCAAGAGUGCCCUUGUGCUAAAGUCUCUAAUAUGCAGUCCUGGUAAUGGCAACCCUGCCUCAUUAUUCAGAACCCAAAAGGGACUGGGGCACAUGCAAAUAUUGCUUGAAUGUGAAAUUUAAAGGUCUCCAGGAUUUUACAUGGCAUUUACGAGAAAAGCAUUGUACGAGAGAGGGAGGUUCCUAUAUUUGUCGUUAUGGGCACAAUGGGGUUUGCUCAUCUCUGCCUGUUGAUGGAGUAAGUGACGCCGAUUAUGAGGAUCAUGUACUUCGUCACCAUGUUGGUGUUGCUAACAUGUCAGCCGGUUCCUCCAAUGGUAGUUCACAGUUUAGAAACAUUGAUGGUCGUAAAAUGUCAGGAAAUUUAAGCCGAAGGGUCAGCUAUAGUGAUGCGCCACAUUUAGUCACUGAAAGUAGCAAGUGGACAGUGUAUUCAGGUUCACAGAAUCUCCCAGCUGUACUCAAUGAUCCUAACAGGGGAAAACAGAAAGACUUUUUCACAAAACUGUGGGGUGAUAGCUUUGUGGAAAGGACUGACAUACCACCAUCACCUUAUUUACCUGAAAUAACAGCUGCACAUUUUGAAUCUUAUCUUCGGAAAAUAGGCAAGAGGCAUAAGAAGCAUGAGCGCAUGAAAGUUACUGCUCCUCAGCCUGCAGAAAAUUCCCAGCUGUUGCACUCUUUUCCCAACCUCAGAGUGCCUCCAUUACGUUCUACAGAUAAAUUAAAGAUUGAAGUUGAUGCCAUUCCACGAAUAUUUCUUCAAUCAAACUUCAGACUGAGUGAUCCUGAGACAUUCAAUGCCGUUUACCCUGUAUCUGGAGGAGAGUCCAAUUCUACUGCAUUGAGUACAUCAUCAUCUGGCAUUGCAUCAGGGAAAUUGUUGCAAGAGCAACUCAGUCAUUACUUGGAUAUGGUUGAAGUGCAAAUUGCACAUCAGGUUGCUCAUAAAUCUGAUGCCUUUUUCAUGGCAAUGAGAUCUCAUGAUGCUCUUAUGGAACAAAUGACAGAGACAAUAGAUGUUGUCAAAGCUUUACGGGGAAGUGUAAGACGUCUUGAUGAAACUCUUGUCCAGGAUUCUCUCAAAAUUUUAAAACUUAAGAGGGCUCGUUCUAAUUAUGUACAUGUAUAUCAAAAGCUGAAACUCAUGGCUAGUGUUCGUGAAACCCAGCCAAUGAUCCAAUUGUUGCUUUCAACUCCUGAUUAUGUGGCUGCCUUGGAUCUAAUACAAACAUCGCAAGAAAUGUUAAAACAAGAGUUGCCUGGAAUUCUCAGUUUUCGACAUCUAGGAUCACAGUUACAUGAGAUGGGUCGUUUAAUUGACAAAAUGUUAAGUGCUGAAUUCGAGCGUUAUGCUACUGCAGACUUAAAUCGUCCUUUAGAUGGGCAACAAGGUGUUUUAGAAGGGGAUAAGUUGGUAUCCAUCAUACUUGGACUUCUUAGGCAAAAACAUUUCAACUUUAUUGACACAUACAAGUCAGAGGCUUUCACAACUAUACGAGCCUUAGUGAAACAGAUGGUAAUUGAAGUGGUAGCAGCAAGUGAUGGAAUAUCAAAUGAUGCAGAUUUAUCAUUAGGUGAUCAGAUGCAAGCGCUCUCAGUAACCGAAUGGUUUGGACUUAUUCAACAAGCCACAGAUACUCUAAUGAACUUAGUCCUACAUGUUAAAGCUGUGUAUGAUGUAAUGAGAGAUGCUGCCGAUGUUAGUGCAGGAGUUGCUCGAAGCAGUUCUCUGGAAAAUAGAGAUACAGAAGAAAAUUCUAGCAGACAUAUUUCUGUUUGUGAACCUCCAGACAUAUUUCUGUCAUCUGAUGAACAUGAGCGUGUGUGUAGCAAGCUGGAAGAAAUGCUUGGUGCUGUAUGUGACUCUGCUCAUGAAAGAUGUGCUCAGUUGCUAUGUGCUCAACCUUCAAGUUCAAGCAGGGACUCAGCUUCUUCCUCUACGAACUCCCACAAUAGCAACGUAAUGAAUGGCAAUGCAGUUCCAAAUAGUGGUACUAACACUACCAAUCUAACAGCUGGAUGGUUAGUGGAACGUGCAUCACCCUCUCAAGUUUGUUCCCUCAAUAAACUUGUUGAGAGCUUUUCUGAGCGGUGUCAUCAAAUUUCUGGUCGCCAAAGUUCUGCUCUCAGAUCAGCUUUCAAAAUGCAGGCAAGCAAAUUUGUGGUUAGAUUUCAUCAAGAAAGACGCCACAAACUUAGCCUUAUAUUAGAUAGUGAGCGAUGGCGGCAGGCUGAUGUUCCUGUAGAAUUUCAGGCUCUUGUGACACGAAUACACUCUACUGGCAUAUUUGCAUCAUCACGACCAGAAAGUAAAUCAGAUGAAUCUGAUUCUGAGCAACCCACCUCUGACAUUCUGCAAGUUGGUGACGAAUCAUUCGCUGUAGUAGGGACUAUCCUUUUAUUGGUCCGAAUGACAGCAGACUAUUGUAGUUGUGCAUCUGCUCUACCGGUUUGUGCCUCUGCUCUUGCACGCUCAGUAGCAGAAUUACUGAUGCAUUUUAAUUCUCGCUGCUGCCAAUUAGUACUUGGAGCAGGAGCAAUUCAAAGUGCAGGCUUAGAUACCAUAACAACCACAAACCUGGCUUUAGCAUCCCGUGCUCUCCAGUUACUUCUUUGGCUAAUCCCUCAUGUCAGAGUUCAUUUCAUGGGACUAUUGUCUUUAAAUUCUGGAGCUUCUGCAGGGAAUACUGCAAUGCGAACCAGUGCCAGCAAUCCUCUAGUCCAGCUAGACACUGUGGAAAGAGAUGUCACAAGUCAUGUUCAAGAAAUUGAGGCAAAAAUUUUGACCAUUGUCUCUUCAUUACUAAGUGUACAAUUGGAUCGUUGGGAGGUGAAGCCCCCUGUGCCUAGCCAACCAUUUCGAAAUAUUUCAAGGCACUUGUCAAAAUUACACAAAGCAAUUAGUGGUAUAAUGCCAAGUGAACAGGUUCAACGUCUGUAUCGUGGAAUGCACCGUAACUUUAAAGAUAAGGUGUGGGAUCACCUUGCUCGAAUUGGUGUUGUAAAUAAUGGAGGACCACAACAUGGUGUGGUAACAGCAGAGUUAACAUUCUAUUUAGAAACAUUAAGAUCACUUAAAGUACUUCCUGUUGAAGAAUUAGGAGACCAAACCCUGCAAGAAGUGUGGAGGUGACAUCAAAAUCAUAAAACCAAUCUGUUAAAUGUUAUGUUCAGAAUACUAUAGCUUUGAGACUGAGCAAGUUUUAAAACUGUCUAGUGCGUUGUUAAAAUUGUUACAAGUAGAUGUAUCAAGGCCUGGGAAGUUUAUGUAAAAUGUUUAAAUUACGUAGUACCAUUCAGCUUUACUGUAGAUACAGUACAGUUACUGUUUUUUUAAAGAUUUUGGUUUGUCAUCUUAAGUCUUCCUUAUCAUAGCUGGCAAAGAUUACAGCACACGUCUCAAAGUCUGAUACUCUAAAUUUUGUGUAUCAAAGUCUGAUGUAAUCUCAGAUUCAUAUAUGAUGGACUAUGUGUAUCAAUGUGGUGUCAGGUAUAUUGUAAACAAGAAAAACAAGAUAUAUUUUAUAUGUUAAUAAUACAACUCAGCCUUAGGCUUUUUAUUUUCUUGUUGUACAUUAAUCUAGUCACAAUCAGUUGGUAAUGCUCUCCUAUUAUAAUUGUUAUGAAAUACAGAAUAUUUUUUCUGUAUUUUUAUGUUGUUUUUGUUUUGUUUAUUCUAACUUCUGCUGUUAUUGAGAUAAGUUUACACAAAGAAUUUUGUCGUUCAAUUGUUCGCUCUUUAAUUUUUUCAGAGUUUUUAAAGCUUUUAUCUGAAAUUGUACUUUUUCUUAACGUGUGAGAAGAGAGACUGAAGUACAGUCUUGAAAAUUGUGAAGCAGCCCGUUGUACAUUACUGCAAGGUGUCUGACCAAUGAAAAUGUUCAUUAUUUUUUUCAUUUUAUUGUGUGAAUUCUUUACAUUCUUUUGGCGAAAUGAUUGUUCUUUCUUCUUGCAGUGAUGCUUUAAUUGAUUACUUUUUUUUACGUAGUACAGUUAUAAAAGAGGGACAGGGACCAAAAGUUAUCAAUCUAGUGAAAUUUCAAAGUUGUGUUCCAUAUAUGUUUUGUGGCGAAAGUUCACUUUAGCAAAAUGUUCUCUCUCCACAUACUAUGAGGCCUUUCAAUAUA